AAUUUUGGCACUCUGGGUGGAGACAUGCCUCCACGCAAUCGAGAAGCAGUUGCCAGGCUUUAACCAUUGCCCUAUGGCAGGAAAUUAGAGCUACCAGGCAGUUCCUUAGUAGCAGUUGAUAAGACACUAACCAAAUUCUUAAAAGGGCAACACCCCCAACAUCCAGAGAAAUGUGGGGUCAGUCGUAAGUAUUCGAGGAUUCUGGAACUUCCGGGUUACUGAGCGGCGCCUCAAGGAGCGCAGCAGGUGGGAGCCGCUCGCUGAGCCUCGCAGACAGUGGCUACAUUGGUCUUUGUCCCUUUAAGAGCGACGUCCCGGGAGCGGGGCCGAACGCCUAAGGUCGGAGCGUUCUAGUAGUUCGCUUGGGCGUACAGGGGGCUCCUGGCGGAAGACAUGCAGGCAGGCCGCUGGCUGGUCCCAGGGCUGUCCCUGGCCCUCGGGGCUGGGCUGGGGGCGGGGGCCGUAGCCUGGUUGAAGAGGAAGGCCAACCCGGGAGUCGGAGGGCUCUGGAGCCGGCUCCCCGUGUUGCCUGUGGCGGCAGCGGCGGCAGGGCCCGUGGUGCCCGCGGGAGGCCCGGGCGAGCUCGCCAAGUACGGGCUACCGGGGCUGGCGCAGCUCAAGAGCCGCGAGUCCUACGUGCUGUGCUACGACCCUCGCAGCCGCAGCGCCUUGUGGGUCAUCGAGCAGCUGAAGCCUGAGCGACUGCGGGGCCCCGGCGACCGCCAGACCUGCGGCUUCCAGGAGGAUGACUCCGUGCACGUCUACCACCGGGCCACCAACGCCGACUACCGGGGCAGUGGUUUUGACCGAGGCCACCUGGCAGCCGCCGCCAACCACCGCUGGAGCCAGAAGGCUAUGGAAGACACCUUUUACUUGAGCAACGUGGCGCCGCAGGUCCCCCACCUAAACCAGAACGCCUGGAAUAAUUUGGAAAAGUACUGCCGAAACCUGACCCAAACCUACCACAAUGUCUAUGUCUGCACUGGGCCGCUCUUCCUACCCAGGAGGGAAGCAGAUGGCAAGAUGUAUGUGAAGUAUCAGGUGAUUGGCAAGAACAAUGUUGCAGUGCCCACUCACUUCUUCAAAGUGCUGAUCCUGGAGGCUCCUGGGGGGCAGAUCGAGCUUCGUUCAUAUGUAAUGCCCAAUGCACCUGUGGAUGAGAAUAUCCCAUUGGAACGCUUCCUGGUUCCAAUUGAAAGCAUUGAGCGGGCCUCUGGGUUGCUCUUUGUGCCCAACAUUCUCACCCGGACCGGCAACCUGAAGGCCAUUGCCUCUGGGGCUAAGUGAAGGCAUUGAGGGCCCUGGAGAAGGACAGAACAAGGGGUAACACAGUGCAGUGGGUAGAGUGGACAGGGCAAUGGGUUUUUGAGUCCCAGCUCUGCUGCUUAUCACCUGUAUGACUUUGAGCAAGUCAUUUCCCCAUCUGUAUAAUGCCAGAAUUCCUAGGGCUCGUGGAUACCCAAACCUUCCCUAUGCUUUCCUGGGUAUCCUUGGAGGCUUAAGGGGUUGGGAGGAGUUUGAUCCUCUUGGCUAGAGGUCCACCCGUACCCCUGAGUACCUAGGCUUGUCCUUGGUCCUGAUUCUAGGAGACAGAUGAGGCUAGAGCUCUUCAACUCUGUUGGGACAUCUGUCUUUCCUAAAACUGUUUCAGGGGAUUCUUAGGCACCUGAUAUUAGGGUAGGGGAGAGUCAAACAUUAUGGUUUAUAUUUCAUUGAACCUACCUUUGGUAGGCUAGAGGGGACGCCCCUUCUACCCCUUGAAGUAAAAAUUCAUCAUUGUAAUAAAGAAAAGGUUUGCUGCUGCUCAUUGGUUGUGAUCUAUAGCCUACUGGACAUGGGGGGUGGUCAACUAGAUACAUUUAGCUAAGAGAGGAUCAGAAAAUCCCAAAAAUUCUACAGGAAUUAGGAAAGCCUGCUCUGUUUCCAUCCCCACUGCCUGGGACUGGAAGGCCUUUGGGUCUUCUGGCAAAAUCAUUUUGUCUUUUUGAGCUUCAUUGUCCCUUCAGAAAUGAGGAGGUUGGUAAGACAUUAAAAAGAAAUUUUAAAAAUUUUACAGUGCUCAAACAUAGGCAUUGUGGUGAUUAAGUUAUCUAUUCCAAGUGACUAAGAAAAUAAAAGAAUAUUCAGGAAAUAAUGAAAAAGGUAGGAAAGAAGUUGGUUUGGUAUUGCCAGAUCUCAAAGUUUUCAAGUAGGAAUGAACAAAUCUGUUUAGUAUGGGACAAAAGAAAAUCUCAGUGAAUAUAUUGGCUAAGCGUGAUUUAGAAGGGACACCAAUGACCAAAGGACACCAUUCCCAGAAUUAUUUUUGGGAACUUCCUCCAGACCCAGUCCAUUAGCCUUGAAGAAUACUAGCCUUGUCAUUUUAUAGAAAUACCUUUCCUCUUCAGAAUUUGAAUAUACAAAGUUUAAUCCAGUUAAGGUUUGCUUGAAGAAUUUCAGAAUAAGGUUGGAAUUACGGAAUAGACAGUCCUGGGAGGUCCCCAAGAAAAGGCAGUUCAAAUUUCUGUUGAACACUUAAAGUGAUGAGGGACUUGCUACAGUAUGAAGUCUUUUUUAUACAAAAAGAAUUGUAUCUUACAUUUUAUGUCUUAAUAGCUCUUAGUGUUAUUGAGCAGAAAUCUGCCUCUGUAAUUUCCUGUAACUGGUUCUGAUUCUACUUUUUUAAGCUAGGUGAAACAUCCCAAUUCCUUCAACUCUUCAUCCCAGGGGUCAUGGUAUUGAGUUCUUUCAGCAUGCUGUAAAUCACUGACUGAGGUGAUGAUGGCUGCAGGACAUGGGGUCCAUCAGUUCAUUUGCAUGUGACUUAUGACUUAUGAAGGACAUAGCUGUUAAAUGACAAGUCAAGUAAGUAUUUGGGGAUUAUGGGAAGAUUAUACAAGUACUGCUAGUCACGCCUGAUAAAAUACAGAAUUUUUAAGUUUCACAUUUUUGCUCAGAGAUAGAUUACUGUUACUCCUUGAAGAGAUCCUAGUUUGAGGUAUUAGAAGCAUAACAAUGCAGGAGGGGAGUGGAAGGAUGGGAAAUGACUAAAUGAAUAUAGAAACAGGAGAAGGAGAUUGAACACAAGGGGAGUUGAUGGGAGUUGAUCAAAGCUGACAGUUGGAAUCUACAGCUGUAUUUUUGGCAAAGAAACAGUGCUUUGCUGAAAGCCGAUUGGCUGGAGAAACAAGGUUUUUAGCUCCUUUUAGCCUGAGAGAUGGAAAACUUUGUGGGAGGAGGGGGUUACUAGGUCCUAUUCUGUACUCUCUUGUUUUAGCAGGGGAAUAGAGGAACAAAGAUAAGCUUUGCAUCUACUUUGCUGUGAGAUGUGGCUUUUUGUUAAGAGUUGAUAAAACAGAAUAUCCUGCUAUUUGAAGAGCUGUAUGGCAAACGCUAUAUGACCUAAGCCCUGUCUACACAGCUUAAGAGGGAAAAAGUACUUGAAAUAGAUCUCUUAGAGCUUUGCAGUUUUCUGGUUUUAGGGGAACUGCUUUUCACUGAAAGAAUGUAACACUUUCUUACCACCCUCUCAAAUGAGCUUCCCAGUGUUUCAGUGACUAUGGAGAGCAGAGAAGCAAUCUUGGUUAGCAAGAGACCCGUGAGGACCAAAUAGCAGGAAAUAAUUUUGCCAGAAGAUGACUUAUGGUGCAGAGGGCACCAUCUCUAAAGAGACUGCAGACAUUUUGGCCUGCUUUCCAGCUAUGAAUUGCCCUAAACACAUGAGUUUCUCUAUUCACAUGCCUCUCUGCUAAAGUUUUUGUAAAUAUGUGCCCACUCUCUCCCACUAGCACAACAUAUUGGUGGGAAAGUGUGAUCUAGGUUUUUGGAUGGGCUGCUACAGUUCAGACAUUUCUGCUGCUGUUUUUAUUGAGUAAACAUCUUGCUUUCUUUUGAGUAAAUGUUAUGAUUAUGCAUGGAGUGAAUAUUUAGAUUAUUAUUGCUUUUGCCUUGUCAUUUAGUAAAAGUUUUAUCUCUGA